AUGCGGCACUCAGCACCUCAACUUACUUCUCCCCUCCAAUCACUUACCUCCACACACUACCUGCAUAAUGUCCACCCGCGGCCAAUUCAAUACCAAAAACCCCACCAUAAAACGAAUCCGCAAGUCUCCCCCUCCCUCCUCAGCCAUCCCUCUAAACCCCCCUUCCCAGUCAAAGAAGCCACCGAACUCGCCACUAACCCCUCCCCCGACCUCCACGCCGAACCCCUUGAGUCCAACCUCUUCGAAUGGCACUUCACGAUCCGGGGCCCACCCUCGCCCUCCCCCUACGCCGGAGGGCUCUACCACGGGCGCAUAAUCCUGCCCUCCGCAUACCCGCUCCGCCCGCCUUCCUUCCGCUUCAUGACGCCCUCCGGCCGCUUCGAAGUCAACCGCGAGAUCUGCCUCAGUAUCAGUGGACACCACGAGGAGACGUGGCAGCCGGCUUGGGGCAUCAGGACCGCGAUGGUCGCGAUUAGGAGUUUUAUGGAUACGGAUGCGAGGGGGCAGGUUGGGGGGGUGGAUUCGACGAGGGAGGCGAGGGUGAGGAUGGCGAGGGAGUCGGGGGGUUGGAGGUGUGCGGCUUGUGGGAAGAGUAAUGAGACUAUUAUGCGGGAGAGGCAGGAGGCGGUUCGGGGGAUGGAGGGGGAGGGGGUGAAGAAGGAGGAGGUUGUGCCGGAGGAGCUGAGGCUUGCGUAUCGGGAGGAGUUGGGUGCGGGUGCGGGCGAGGGGCAGGGGAACAGCGCGACGCGGGAUACAGAUUCUGCACAUCCUGAUGCGGCCGUUCAAGCAGCUUCAGCUCCAACAGAUUCUCGGCCUCCGAUACCAGCUUCCAGCAAUACACCGCCUCCAACACCGACGCGCACGAUCACUCUGCCACCUCCGCGUCCGCCGCCCCUGGACACAAACGACGACGUUCCAGCUUGGAUCGACAAGGCAAUCUAUGGCAUCAUCGCCGCCCUCCUCUUCAUGGUGCUUCGAAAGAUCUUCUGA